UUAAGACCAACCAAUUAAUCGAAUACUCCCAAAAAACAUAGUCUAGGGUUUCAGAUACUAUCAGAUGCUGUUUCGUCCGUGCCGUGACGAAGACGACGAAGACGACUGCGAAAAGUGGUUUGACUGAGGGUGGUGGGCGGAUAACCGGUAAGUCUUGUACCGCUCUUUUUCGCUCGCUUUUUGCUCUUUUUGGCGCGUGAAAUCCAAACGUCUCUUACUAUGCAUUUUCGACCUUCCGUUAUUUAAAGGCUCUGCGUCCUCUCUCUUCUUCUUCAUCAUCAUCAUUCAUUAACACCAUCACCACCACCACCACCACCAAGGUCCGCGUUUUAAGGUCACCUUUCUCUCGUUCUAAAUUAUCUCUCUAGAUUCUCUCUCUCUUCUUUCUUCCUUCUCUUCGUCGUCGGCGGCGGCGGCCAAUUGCUAAUGGACUCUGCAACAGUAGCCAUGAGAGCUUCUUCUUCCUCCUUCUUCACCAAAUCACCAAACCCUAACCCUAACCCAAAUUUAAUACCCUCUCGUUUGAAUUUCACGUUCUUGAAGGCUCUCAAAUGCGUUCAAACCCCAAAUUACAAACUCAGUUCUUCUUCCAAUCCGUCUCCGUCUCUGAAACCGACUUCUAAAAACCCCAGCUCUUCAUUCCCGUGCUGGGCGGUGACGUCUUCUCCAUCACGAACCACCGAUCUCGCGGAGUGUAAGCUCCAGCGCCUUGUCGCCGAGUUCCAGUCUCUAUCCGAGCCCGUCGAUCGCGUGAAACGCUUGCUGCAUUACGCGAGUCUUCUCCCACCGUUCGACGAAUCCUUGCGAGUCAUGGAGAACAGGGUUAUGGGGUGUACGGCUCAGGUUUGGUUGGCCGCGAAGAUGGACGGUGAUGGGAAGGUGAGGUUUGCGGCGGAUAGCGAUUCGGAGAUCACCAAGGGGUUCUGUUCGUGCUUGGUUUGGUUGCUGGAUGGGGCGGCGCCGGAGGAGGUGUUGGGGUUGAAAACGGAGGACUUGGCGGCGUUGAAUGUGGGGUUACAUGGACGUGGUAAAUCGAGGGUGAAUACUUGGCAUAAUGUUUUGGUUAGUAUGCAGAAGAGGACUAAGGCUUUGGUGGCGGAGCGAGAUGGGAAGCCGCCCGGCGAGCCGUUCCCAUCUUUGGUUGUCACGGCGGAUGGUAUACAGCCGAAAGGGAGCUAUGCUGAAGCUCAGGCAAGAUUUUUGUUCCCGGAUGAAUUAAAAGUUCAAGAACUUGCCGAUGUUCUUAGGGAGAAGAAAAUUGGGGUGGUUGCACAUUUUUACAUGGACCCUGAGGUCCAAGGCGUCUUAACAGCUGCACAGAAGCAGUGGCCUCACAUCUAUAUAUCUGACUCUUUGAUUAUGGCAGAUAUGGCUGUCAAGAUGGCAAAAGCUGGAUGCCAAUUUAUCACCGUUCUGGGUGUAGAUUUUAUGGCUGAAAAUGUGCGUGCAAUCCUUGAUCAGGCUGGCUUCGCUGAGGUUGGGGUUUACAGAAUGUCCGAUGAACGCAUUGGUUGUUCCUUGGCUGAUGCUGCAGCUAAUCCUGCAUAUAUGGAUUAUCUUCAGGCUGCUUCCACAUCUUCACCCUCUCUACAUGUUGUCUACAUAAAUACUUCACUAGAGACAAAAGCACAUGCUCAUGAACUCGUGCCAACAAUAACCUGCACUUCUUCUAACGUCGUGCAAACCAUUCUGCAGGCAUAUGCUCAAGUACCUAACUUAAACAUAUUGUAUGGGCCUGAUACCUACAUGGGUGCGAACAUAGUUGAGAUGUUACAGCAGAUGACUGUGAUGACUGAUGAAGAAAUUGCUGAGAUUCAUCCGGAACACAACAGAAACUCGAUAAGAUCAUUGCUAAGUCACCUGCACUAUUAUCAGGAUGGAACUUGCAUUGUACACCACCUCUUUGGACAUGAAGUUGUGGAGAAGAUCAAUGAAAUGUAUUGUGAUGCGUUCUUAACCGCUCAUUUUGAGGUCCCUGGAGAAAUGUUCUCUCUGGCAAUGGAAGCUAAAAGAAGAGGAAUGGGGGUAGUUGGUUCCACCCAAAACAUAUUAGAUUUUAUUAGGCAGAGGGUACAAGAGGCUUUGGAUAGAAAUGUGAAUGAUCACCUCCAAUUUGUGUUAGGAACAGAAUCAGGAAUGGUGACUUCAAUUGUUGCAGCUGUUCGCAAAUUGUUAGGUUCUGCGAACUCAACUGGAGAAGCAGAAGUGAAUGUUGAGAUUGUCUUUCCUGUCUCAUCAGACUCCAUAUCAAAAACAUCAAAGACUUCAUCCCUUGGAGUAGGUUUGGGUCAAGCAGGAGAGUUCAUGAAUGUCCAAGUUAUCCCUGGAGUUGCUAGCGGGGAGGGAUGUUCUCUUCAUGGGGGCUGUGCAUCCUGUCCAUACAUGAAGAUGAAUUCUCUUAGCUCGCUUCUCAAAGUUUGCCACCACCUGCCCAAUGAGAAGCAUAGCCUUUCGAACUAUGAAGCUGGACGGUUCAGUUUGCGAACCCCAAAUGGAAAACUAAUUGCAGAUGUUGGUUGUGAGCCAAUUCUUCACAUGAGACACUUUCAGGCAACAAAAAAACUACCCGAAAAGUUAGUCCAUCAAAUCCUUCAUUGUGUCAAUGGAAGAUCAACGUCAGCUAGCUAGCGAAGCUGUAAAAAGGUGCUGCUGCUUAUUGCAUAGGAAUCUCUGGUAUACACCUUGAGAAGGCCCGGGCCUUCACCCUUCCCUUCCCUUUCAGAAAAGUUACCGUGGUGACAAUUUUUGCUUAUAGAAGCAAUAGAUUAUAUGUUGUAGGCACAUUUCAUUUUUUCUUUGUUAUACUUCAUUGUUCACCAAAUUGUUAAAAUUAUAGAAAUAAUAUUGCAUUUUUAUACAAAUGUAUAGCUACUAUGAAUGAAUACCCCAUGGAGUAACUUAAAAUGUUAUAUAAAUUAUAGAUUUGUAUCGUUGAUCUAAGAAUGGUGAAAGUGGUUCUAUUUGUAA